AUGACAUCAACGACGAUGGAGAUUGUGAAUUGUCGACGGUUCCUGGCGGCAUGGAGACGAUUCGAGACCAGCAAAGAGCAGGAGGUGGAUGACGAUAUCAUUACAAAUUACCAGCAAUUGGCACUCCACUUUCAGCAGCUCAUGCAAGAUAGUGAUGCGAUGAAAUCUUUUGAAUCAGAUGUUGCAUUAAUUUUGGUCACUAUUGAUACACUUAAGAAACGGGAGGAGGGUGUUGUGACAUCGCGACGAAUUCCACGAGUAUCAGAGCUUCUGAAACUUCGAGAAACGCGAAAUCGUGCUGCUAAGAUUGACGUCGAGACUGAGACUUUGAUAAAAGAGCAGGAAGUGCAGUCUACACUUGGUGAAAAUAUAGAGAAGGAGGUCUGUGCGACGCUGGAACUGCGUUCGGACCUGACUGCAGAUGAUUUCAAGUCAAUGCUAAAGGUGGCUACUUUACAAGAGGAGAAACUAUCGACCAAGUCGAUUCGAAAACGACUUGGGUUGGUAGAUCGAUUGGAAACACAGAAAAGUGCAUCUGAGACAGUAGCACGAGAAGAGCAGGAGCUUAUUCAAUCGGAAAUGAUGUCGCUGGCGAAGCAGUUGAAGGACAGGACGCAGACGAUUAAUCACUCGCUCACAGAAGACGUCAAGAUCUUAGACGCCGUGGAACAAAGCGCUCAGUCAAAUACGGUGUUAUUAGACCGAGAAAACGCCAAGCUAAAGGAGCAGCUGGCCUCGAGUAUCGGACUGUGGACGUCACUGUGGCUUGUGGCAAUGCUGGUCGUGGUCUUUGUUGCCACGUAUUUCUACAUGAAACUGUUCUCGCGACGAUGGUAA